UCACCAAUCUUGUGAGGAGAGGGAACAUGCUGAGAAACUGAUGAAGCUGCAGAACCAACGGGGUGGCCGAAUCUUCCUUCAGGAUAUCAAGAAACCAGACCGUGAUGACUGGGCGAAUGGGCUGAACGCAAUGGAAUGUGCUCUACACUUGGAAAACAGUGUGAAUCAGUCACUACUGGAACUGCACAAACUGGCCACUGAGAAAAAUGACCCCCAUUUGUGUGACUUCAUUGAGACUCAUUAUCUGACUGAGCAGGUGAAAUCCAUUAAAGAAUUGGGUGACCAUGUCACCAACUUGAGCAUGAUGGGGGCCCCCGAAUCUGGCAUGGCACAGUAUCUCUUUGACAAGCACACCCUGGGAAAUAGUGAUAAUGAGAGCUAAGCCUUAGGCUGGCUUCCCGUAGCCACAGGGGGGACUUCCCUGGUCACCAAGGCAGUGCAUGCAUGUUUGUGUUACCUUUACCUUUUCUGUAAGUUGUACCAAAACAUCUACAAGUCCUUUCCUUAGUACCAUUCCUUCAAAUAAAGUAAUUUGGUA